GUGUGAGAAAGGGCGUGCUUUCCCUAUUUAAACCGGUUAUCCGAUACAGAUCACACCCAGACGUAGUACCUGUAACGGACAUUCUCACCGCACAUCCCCGCACCAGACAUCAUCUAAGAUGGGCGACAACAACCCAGUGAAGCAGGGAGUGGAGACCUUUGACAAGAAGUGUCUAAAGAAGACCAGUACAGCUGAGAAGAACACUCUGCCAACCAAGGAGGAUAUCGAGCAGGAAAAGAAAGCUGAAGAGGGCUCCAAAUGAAACGCCACGGUUCCUCUCCUCCAGUCAUUCCUCUCUCUUCUCCUCCACUUAAGAAAUAUGUCUAUCAUCUCUCUGCUUCUGCUUCUUUACGUUUCACCAUGUUAGUUAAUCACAAUGGCGUUGACUCUGAUGCUGUGGGGGUUAGGGGUGCAUGAUUAGUAAAGGGAAGGCCAGUACGAUUUUAACCGUCAAUGUUUUAAGUUGUGCUUUUUCAUGCAGUCUUGGUUGGAAAGGGGUGAAGUCAGAUAAAUAUGGAUGAGACACGGUGUUUGUUGAACAGAAGGAGCACGUUGUGUUUGUGUCAAUGACAUAUAAUACUGUCACCAUCAACAGUUAGUUCCACUGUCAACUAUGCCCAAUGUUCUGCCUGUACACGGUGCCAUUCUGGAUAAAUUAUGUAACAAUAACAUGAGAGAAGAUAUUUUUGUUUUAAUAAAAUGAGUGUUGUAAAACUG